UUUCUCACCAGUGGUGAUGAUGAUGAUCAAAGGCGGUGGUUACGGUGGCGGUAUGGCUGGUGGAUACGGUGGAGGAAGCGGACCAACGGCCGCAGCAGCCGUCGCUGCUCUACAGAAGCAAAAGGCGUUGUUACAGAGAGUAGAGACUGACAUCACAUCCGUCGUCGAUAACUUCACUCAAAUCGUCAAUGUCUCGAGGGUGAGUGUUCCACCGGUGAAGAACUCGCAAGAAACACACAUGAUGGAGAUGCGAGCGUCAAGACUGGUUCAAGCAGCUGAUUCUCUUUUAAAACUCGUAUCGGAUCUGAAGCAAACAGCAAUUUUUUCAGGAUUUGCAUCACUGAACGAUCAUGUAGAACAAAGAAUUGAAGAGUUUGAUCAAGAGGCCGAGAAGACUAAUCGAUUGUUGGCUAUUAUAGCCGAUACUGCCUCUUCUAGUCUUAAAGAGCUCGAGUCUCACUAUUACUCUUCUGCUCAGAGAUUGACUCUAGACAUAUAAAGGGGUUUCUGUAUCUAAUCCGGGGAAAAUAGCAAUUUUAGGAUGAUCUUCUUACUUCUAUAUAGCCAAAUCUUUGUAGGCUUCUUUGUCUCUGAACAAAAUGUGAUAUAAAUGGGCAUUUAACUUUGAACCUAAGUGUUUUUUUAAUCCAAGAGACAUUUUCUUCC